GUGAACCCAGCGGGGGGGGCAACAGGAGGUCUCCCCCCCAACCCUCCCCCUCCCCUCCCCAGACAUGUAUUCCCCGCUCUGUCUGACUCAGGACGAGUUCCACCCCUUCAUCGAGGCGCUCCUCCCCCACGUGCGCGCCUUCGCCUACGCCUGGUUCCACCUGCAGGCGCGCAAGCGCCGCCACUUCAAGAAGCACGAGAAGCGCAUGUCGCGCGACGAGGAGCGGCAGGCCAAGGACGAGCUGCUGGCCGAGAGGUCGGAGGUCAAGCAGAAGUGGGCGUCGCGCCUGCUGGCCAAGCUCAGGAAGGACGUGCGGCCCGAGUGCCGCGAGGACUUCGUGCUGACCGUGACGGGCCGCAAGCCGCCCUGCUGCGUCCUCAGCAACCCCGACCAGAAGGGCAAGAUGAGGAGGAUCGACUGCCUGCGGCAGGCCGACAAGGUGUGGCGCCUGGACCUGGUGAUGGUCAUCCUCUUUAAGGGCAUCCCUCUGGAGAGCACGGACGGCGAGCGGCUGGUCAAGUCGCCGUCGUGUUCGAACCCCGGCCUGUGUGUCCAGCCGCACCACAUCGGCGUCUCGGUCAAGGAGCUGGACCUCUACCUGGCCUACUUCGUGCACGCAGAAACCGGCCAAUCAGAGAGCCCGAGCCACGGCAGCGACCCGGACAUCAAGGAGCACGCAGAGAACGGUCACCCGGGCUUCCAGGACAGCUUCGUCACUCCGGGGGUUUUCACCGUGGCCGAGCUGGUGCGAGUGUCACAGACCCCCAUCGCGGCGGGAACCGGCCCCAACUUCUCCCUGGCCGACCUGGAAGGCUCCGCCUACUACGGCCCGGGGGGCGGAGCCACGCGCCGGCCGCUGCCCGGCCCCUCCUCCUCCUCCUCCUCCUCCAGUGCAAAGCGGAUGAAGUGUUCCGCCGACGAGGAGGCCGGAAGCCCCGCCCCCUCCGGUGAUGACUCCUCCCCCUCCUCCUUCGCAGCUGGAUAUAAGCUCCGCGGUUCUCUUUCUAGCUCCUUCAUCUCCAGACAAGCCAGCCCCCAGGGCGUGGCCCCGCCCCCCUCCUCUUCCUCCUCCUCCUCCUCCUCGCUCCACUUCCCCCCCGGCUCCUCCCCCCUGCUGCAGCCACCGGGCGCCGCCGCUGGGCCCGCCCCCUCCUACUUCGCCCACCCGGCCAUCCGCUACCACCACCACCACCAGCAGGAGACGCUCAAGGAGUUCGUCCAGCUCGUCUGCCCCGAGGGCGGGGGCGGGGCCGGGGGCGGGGCCGGCUUCCUGCACCCCAACGGCUCGUCCCAGGCUAAGGUCCACAACCCCUUCCUGCCGACGCCCAUGCUGCCGCCGCCGCCACCGCCGCCCAUGGCGCGGCCCGUCCCGCUGCCGGUGGACGCCAAGCCGCCGCCGCCGCCCUCCACCUCCGCCGCCACCUCCUCCUCCUCCGAGGCGGGAGGAGGAGGGGGAGGAGGAGGAGGACACUCCCCCACCUCGCCAACCUACUCCACGCCCGCCACGUCUCCGGCCCAGCGGUUCGUCAGCGUCGGGCCCCGGGACCCCGGCUUUAACAUCCCGCAGCAGCCGCAGUGGUACCUGGGAUAGGCCCCGCCCCCUCCUCUCUGCGCCUGACUCCGCCCCCCACCAGCAUGGCUCCGCCCACACUGCACCAGGCUCCGCCCACUUCCCCUUCAAAGGAACUUUUAGAGUCCAAAACCUGGUCUGGAUCCUGAUCCUGGACUAGAUCCUGUACGAGAACCUGAUCCCAGACUAGAUCAUGGACUACAUUCUCAUUCUGAACUAGAUCCUGGACUAAAUCCUGCACUAGAUCCCGAUCCCAGUCCAAGUCCUAAACUAGAUCCUGAUCCUGGAUUAGAUCCUCUACUAGAUCCAGAUCAUUGACUAGAUCCUGAUCCCAAACUACAUCUGGAUCUCAGACUCAACCCUGAUCCCGGACAAUAUUCUGGUCUAGAUCCAGGACCAGAUCCUGAUCCCGGACAAGAUCAUGGACUAGAUCCUGAUCCAGGACUACAUCCGGGACUAAAUCCUGCACUAGAUCUGGAACCCGGUCUAAAUCCUAAACAAGAUCCUGAUCCUGGACUAGAUCCAGGACUAGCUAGCUCCAAAUCAUUGACUAGAUCCUGAUCCUGGACUACAUCAUGAUCUAGAUCCUGCACCAUGUUCGGAUCCUGGACUAGAUCCUGAUCCUCGACCAGAUCCUGAUCUUGAAUUAGAUCCUGGGCUUAAAUCCCAAUCAAGGACUAGAUCUUGGACUAAAUCCUGCACUAGUACCCGGUCAUGGACUCGAUCCUAGACUUGAUCCUGAUCCCGGACUAGAUUAUGGCCUAGAUCUGGAUCCCAGACUAGAUUGUGAACUAAAUCCUGCACCAGAUCCCGAUCCUGGUCUAUAUCCUGAACUAAAUCCUGAUCCUGGACUAGAUCCUGAACUAAAUAAUGCACUAGAUCCUGAUCCUCAUCUAAAUCUUGGUCUAGAUCUUGGUCAAGGUCCUACUGGAUUCCGCCAGAUCCUGGUUCCUGAUUGCACCCUCAUACUUCCUGGUUUUCCUGAUUGGAUCCUGGAUCCUGGUUCCUGAUUGGAUCUGCAUGGUUGCUGGUCUUCCUGGUGGACCCUGGAUGCUAGUCUUUGAUUGGAUCCUCGUACUUCCUGGUCUUCCUGAUUGGAUCCUGCUUCCACAUUGGAUCCUGGUACUUCCUGGUUUCCCCUGAUUGGAUCCUCGUACUUCCUGGUUUUCCUGGAUCCUGGUUUCUGAUUGGAUCCUGGUUCCUGAUUGGAUCCUGGUACUUCCUGGUUUCCCCUGAGUGGAUCCUCGUACUUCCUGGUUUUCCUGGGUCCUGGUUCCUGAUUGGAUCCUGGUACUUCCUGGUUUCCCCUGAUUGGAUCCUCGUGCUUCCUGAUUUCCCAGACUGGAUCCUGGUACUUCCUGGUUUUCCUGGAUCCUGGUUCCUGAUUGGAUCCUGGUAUUUACUGGUGUCCCGAAUUGGAUCUUGGGUCCUGCAUCCGGAUUGGAUCCUGGUACUUCCUGGUUUCCCCUGAUUGGAUCCUGUAUCCGGAUUGGAUCCUGGAACUUCCUGUUUUUCCUGGAUUAUGGUUCCUGAUUGGAUCCUGGUACUUCCUGGUUUCCCCUGAUUGGAUCCUGCUUCCUGAUUGAAUCCUGUUACUUCCUGGUUGUCCCUGAUGGGAUCCUAUUGGUUCCCAGAACUCUGAUGCUUGUUUAGUUUGGUUUGUUUGUUUUGGGGGCGGGGCUUAGGACAAAAAAAAAAAAACUAACAAACACCAGCUUGACUCUAAAUGGAACACAGCCCCUCCCCCUUCAGGAAUCAACCAAUCAAUCAAGCCCCGCCCCCUCAAGAGGAUUUUUUUUAAA